AUGGGCAGAUACGUAGAAUCACUUGAAGACUUAAAUAAAUCAUUAGAAUUCAAUCCGCAUAAUGCUAUAGCAUUGAAUAAUCGUGGACUUAUAUAUCAAGUGAUGGGUAGAUACGCAGAAUCACUUAAAGACCUGGAUAAAUCAUUAGAAAUCGGACCAAAUAAUGCUACAAGAUUGAAUAAUCGUGGACAAACUUAUUAUCUUAUGCGCGAAUAUGAAAAAGCACUUGAGGAUUUCAAUAAGUCAUUAGAGAUCAAGCCAAAUAAUGUUGCAACAUUAAACAUUCGUGGAUUAGCUUACCAUGAUAUGGGUAGAUAUGAAGACUCUCUUGCCGAUGUAAAUAAAUCGUUAGAAAUUGAGCCAAAGAAUUCUAUGGCGAAUUAUACAAGAAUAUUGAUUUAUACAUCAUUGGAUAAAUAUAAUGAACAGCUAACACAUAUGAAGGAAUUAAAAUUAGCAAUUGAUGAAAUUGAUUCAAGUGAUGACGACGCAAUUGGUUCAAGUGAUAACAUGGUUCUUAGAAGUCUUGCUCAUUUAUCAAUGGGAAAUUAUAAACAAUUUCAUAAAAUUUUCAAUAUGGACGCAUUAUUAAAAAUUGGACUAGGUACAGUUGAUUUAGUUUCAUAUGAGUCAGCUGACUUAGUUUUAUAUAUUUGUGGUGUAAAUUAUCUAUGCAUAGGCGAAUUUGAAAAAUCGCUUGAAUCAUUUAAUAAAUUAUUGAAAAUUAAUCCAAAUGGCACAAUGUUACUUAAUGCUCUUAAUGCUCGUAGCCUAUAUUAUUUAGAGACUGGCAGAUAUAAAAAAUCUCUCUCAGAUUUAAGGAGAUCAUUAGAAAUCAAACCAAACAAUGCAAGAACGUUGACUUUGCGUGGAUUAACUCAUCAAAAGAUCAUUAAAUAA